AUGAGGGUAAUAGAAGCGGAGAAAGCACCCUUUUCAAAGAUUUCAGGAAUCCCAGGUACCAUCGGAUGCAUUGAUGGGACCUAUAUCCAGAUUCGGUGCCCAGCACACAAGAUAAAGUCCACUUAUGUAAAUAGACACGAUAUUCCUUCUCUGACCAUGCAGGGAGUGUGCGAUGACAAGCGCCGCUUCCUCGAUGUCACAACGGGUUUCCCGGGGAAGGUACAUGAUGCACGGGUUUUCAGAACCUCAUCAAUCGCAGAAAAGCUGCCGUACAUAUGUUGUGUCAACAAGUAUCACAUUCUUGGUGACGCAGCAUAUCCCUUGAGGGAGUACUUGCUUACUCCCUUCAGGGACUACGGUACAUUGACAGAGGAGCAGAAGCAGUUUAAUUUUAACUUCUGCAGGACGCGUGUACGCAUUGAGAAUGCAUUUGGUAUUUUAAAGCAGCGAUUUCGGCAGUUGCAGCUUCUGGAAUUCAUCACGGUGGACCAGUCGUCAAAGUUUAUACUUGCAUGUUGUGUACUUCACAAUCUCUGCAUAAACUCUGGUGACUGUUCCAUUGAUGACGUUGAAUGCGCUCCAGAAGUUCAAACAAAUGAAGUAGUGGAAGCUGCAGAUGUGCGGGAGUGUGCUCUGAGGAAGCUUGGAGAGCUUAAGCGCCUCAGAGUCAUGAGGUCUAUGAACCUUUAAAUGUAAAACUGUUGGGGUAGGGUUUGUGACAACAUUCAAGAGUUGAAAUGUAAAUGAUGGUAAGGAAACUAUACUAUAUAUCAUCUGUUAUGCACUGCAUGGCCACUGCUUUCUGCUCUCUUUAUUGCAUGCCACAACUUUGUAUUACAAAUGUAUAUUAAAAAAAAAAAAAUCCUUUGCUCGUUCUGGAAUUUUCCCCACGUAACCACUAACCUACUUAUCUUUCGCUAUGCUUACCAAUUCUUGCCUGUUGUCCCGUUUCGUCCACGUGUUCGUG